AUGAACAACAGUUCCCAUACCGGCCUCUACCAGUCUGCCAACAGUAGCACUUCCACUCUGCGUCCUCGUGCCGCCCGUCUGAUUUCAUAUUUGGACGAUGAUACCGCCGACACCACCGCGAUAUCCACCUCCUCCGCUUCCACUCCUCCCCGUUUCCCCAGCAGAGGAGUAUCCCCUAGUCUGAGCACAAAGCGCUCCAAAUCCCCCGACAAAUCUCAAAAUGUUCCCACAGUGAAGCCUUCCAAUGCUACGCCUUCGGGCUUACAGAGCCCCUCCAUGGGAAGCCAAGGGUUGUGGGAUUCAUGGUCUUCUAUACAGGGCAUUGCCUCAAGCCUGCUUGGAAGCGAUACAUCCACUUCCGGGAAGGAUAAGUCGAGGUCCUCUUUCAAGACCCCUGUAUGGAUGAAGCAGGACAAGACCUACAGCACUAGAAACUCCACUCUGCAGUGGGGACCCGCCAGUGAAUCUCCUCCUUCGGCCCAAGGAUCUAUUGAAGAGAGAAAGGCCAGAAUCGAAUUGAAGAAACGAGAAGCCUUACUGCUCGCUGCUGUCGCAGAGUCCCAAGACAGCUCCGGCCGGUUCAAGAGGAGGGACUCUGAUACGGAGCAGACGACUUCCAUUCCAGACGAUUCGAACCAAGAUGCACUUGUGUACAUGCACAAAGUCCAAAAGGGCGAUACUCUCCCGGGUGUCAUCAUCAAGUAUAAUUGUCAAGCCGAAGCCUUUCGUAAGCUCAAUCGGUUUUGGCCUAACGAUAACAUCCAGACACGCACCCAUGUUUUGGUGCCCGUGGAUGCCUGUUCGGCAAGGGGGAGGAAAGUGGACAGUCCAUACUUGUCGCAGGAUCUAUUUGACUCUCAGCUUGCCAAUGCAGAUACCCCAGUUCCAGGGUCUACUCAACCCCGUCACAACGGCGUGCCAUCCAUCAAUGGCAUUCAUCCGACUCUAAACUCUAACCUCGCCAUAUCAUCCAUCCUUACAUCCGAACCUCUUACUCAGGUAGCGUCUAUUUCAGAAGACAUAGAGUUCCGACAUGACUCGUGGGUGAUGCUCCCAUCCUUUAGAGACGCCGUGGAGGUUUUACGAGUUCCUCGCCGUGCACUUGGUUACUUUCCCCGAACGCGACGGAAAUCAAACGCAACUCUGUCUGGUAUUUCCACCAAUUCGACUCCGAGGACCUCCUUCGACAUGCUGCGUCACCCGCCGACGCAUGCGGCUCAAACUUCGGCGUCCUUGGUUACCUCUCCAGUCCGUCGACCAGGACAUCCAAACAGCCUCAGUUCCAACCGCCAGCGUUCUUCAAGCGUGACGGUCCCGGGUAGUUCCUUCGCGGAUGCUUUACGAGGACCUGGUGGGGUUGGCACGCUGAGCGGUCUGAGGACCGAGCUCUCACGUCCUGGUCCUGCCGAAGAUCCCUUGAACAAAAAUUUUGCUCAGUACUUGCCUGACCUGUUGCCACCUGAAGAAAUGCCUCGGACUGGGUUUAGUCUUCGACCAUCAGCUCGUGCAACCCCCCGUGCCAGCACCGAUUCGGCACGUAGUACUAGGUCAAAUAGCGCAAACAUGAGUGAUGUCGGAGUCGCAAUUGAAGGUUGGGUGAGGAAAAUGGCGGGGGCUAAGAGCCUCAGAGAUCGUAAUGGAACCACCCCCAAAAUGGGCGAUCUCAUCGAAUUAGAAACAAACAGCGAGAUUUCGGGGCCAGAUAUUGGUCCCAGGACCGAUAGCAGUCUGGACACAAACAUCGACCAAGCACGCCAGUCCGAUGACACGAUGACACCCAAAACUAUGCAUCCAAGUAGUGCUGAGUCCACAUCAACUUCCACAGCCACAGAGCAGGCGCUCUUGAACGAACGCUUUCCCAUGAGAGGUCGAGUACGGAAUGCCUAUGAGACGGGGCAAAGUUGA